AUGGUGAUUUCUUGUGCUUUAAAACUACUAUUUCCAAUAUCGCAGAGGUGCUUCACAACCGCCUCUGCAGCCAUGGUCAAGUACUUGCAGCAAGAUGAAGCUGUCAACAUUGACAUAGAGCUAUUUGAUCAGUACAAAUUCAGUGUCGACCAAUUGAUGGAGCUCGCUGGACUGAGCUGUGCAACUGCCAUUGCUCGUUGUUACCAACCAAGUAAUAAAUCUAGCCAUGUGCUUGUGUGCUGUGGACCAGGAAAUAAUGGUGGUGAUGGUCUGGUUUGUGCGCGACACCUGAAACUCUUCGGGUUUUCACCCUCAUUGUACUAUCCAAAGCGAACAGAUAAGCCUCUGUAUGAGAACUUGCUCCAUCAGUGUUUGUCCAUGAACAUACCUGUUAUUGAAGAAUCCCCAAGUGUACUAGAGCUGAACAAUUCCUUCAGUUUAAUUGUUGAUGCUCUGUUUGGAUUUAGUUUUAAGCCUCCUGUCCGACCACAUUUCAAACCAAUUUUAGAGGCCCUUCAGCAAACUACAAGUCCGAUCUGCAGUAUUGAUAUUCCAAGUGGAUGGGAUGUUGAGAAAGGCUGUCCUGAAAGUGGUGGUUUGCAGCCUGAAAUGCUUAUUUCUCUUACUGCUCCUAAACUGUGUGCCCAAUCUUUUAAAGGAAAGCAUCAUUUUCUUGGAGGUCGUUUUGUUCCCCCAUCUUUAUCAGAGAAAUACGGUCUUGAUCUCCCUAGCUAUCCUGGAACUGAUUGCUGUGUCAAAUUAGACAGCUGACUAGGUAUUUGCAGUUGCAUAUAAUUAAUAGGCUUUAAAAAAAUAUGUUUAUGAAAAUAUUUUUUAUGAAGUAAGUUCAUGUAUUGAAACAUUUCUGUUAUCUUUUGUUUCAAAUAAAUAAAUCAAGAAAAAAAAUAAAAUAACAAGUAAAAAGAAAUUUGUUUCAUACUCAAUACUCAACAAUGAUCUGCCAAAAUUUUAGCAAGAGCUACAUCUGAUAGUGUCUUAUCCAACCACUGUAGUCUGAAUGGUGGAAGCUGAAAUUAAAAAACACACAUUUUAGAUAAAAGACGAAAAGUCCAUAGGAAUGGUGUGGUAAAGUCUUGUGUAUACUUUUACCUGUUUGACAUGUAAAUUAAAUGUUUCUUUUUGAAAGCGAGCAUAUAA